GGCCCCAUUGUUGCAAAGCGAUGGCGGCGCGGGCUGGAUUCCAAUCAGUGACCCCGGGGGGGUCCGGUUCAGCUACGGCUGCUCUGGGUCCCGGUACCCCUGGCCCAGCGGUAAGAAUGGGCCCUGCCCCUGGGCAGGGGAUGUACCGCUCUCCAAUGCCUGGAGCUGCUUACCCGAGACCUGGAAUGCUUCCAGGUAGCCGAAUGACUCCUCAGGGACCAGCAAUGGGCCCCCCUGGUUAUGGUGGAAGUCCAGCUGCUCGGCCAGGCAUGGCCCAAUCAGGCAUGGACCAGUCUCGGAAACGUCCUGCACCCCAGCAAAUACAGCAGGUGCAACAACAGGCUGCUCAGAAUAGGAACCAUAGUGCUAAAAAGAAGAAAAUGGCUGAUAAGAUACUACCUCAGAGGAUAAGGGAACUGGUACCCGAAUCUCAGGCUUACAUGGAUCUGUUAGCGUUCGAGAGAAAGCUGGAUCAAACAAUCAUGAGGAAACGGCUUGAUAUUCAGGAGGCUUUGAAGAGACCAAUAAAGCAAAAGAGAAAACUUCGGAUCUUCAUUUCAAAUACUUUCAACCCUGCAAAAUCAGAUGCUGAAGAUGGAGAGGGAACUGUUGCCUCAUGGGAGCUGCGGGUGGAGGGCCGUCUCCUUGAGGAUGCGGCACUUUCUAAAUAUGAUGCUACCAAACAGAAGAGAAAGUUCUCAUCUUUUUUUAAGUCACUAGUUAUUGAGCUGGAUAAAGACCUGUAUGGGCCGGAUAACCACCUGGUGGAGUGGCACAGAACUCCUACAACACAGGAGACUGAUGGUUUUCAGGUGAAGCGCCCUGGGGAUAUGAACGUGCGCUGCACCGUGUUACUGAUGCUUGACUAUCAGCCACCACAAUUUAAACUUGAUCCCCGACUGGCUCGCCUCCUUGGGAUUCACACUCAGACUCGUCCAGUCAUCAUUCAAGCUCUUUGGCAGUACAUUAAGACUCACAAACUUCAAGACCCUCAUGAACGGGAGUUUAUUAUAUGUGACAAGUAUCUGCAGCAGAUAUUUGAGUCUCAAAGGAUGAAGUUUUCAGAGAUCCCACAGAGAUUGCAUGCCCUCCUCAUGCCUCCAGAACCAAUUAUAAUCAAUCAUGUCAUUAGCGUUGACCCUAAUGAUCAGAAGAAAACUGCUUGUUAUGACAUUGAUGUAGAAGUUGAUGAUACCCUAAAAACUCAGAUGAACUCCUUCCUGUUGUCCACUGCCAGUCAGCAGGAGAUAGCUGCUCUAGAUAACAAGAUUCACGAAACAAUUGAAACUAUUAAUCAGUUGAAAAUUCAGAGGGAAUUUAUGUUGAGCUUUGCCCGUGACCCUCAAGGAUUUAUUAAUGACUGGUUACAGUCACAGUGCCGGGACCUCAAAACAAUGACUGAUGUGGUAGGUAAUCCUGAAGAAGAACGCCGAGCUGAGUUUUACUUCCAGCCAUGGGCUCAGGAGGCUGUGUGCCGGUAUUUCUACUCCAAGGUGCAACAAAGACGUCAGGAGCUUGAACAGGCUCUCGGGAUCCGAAAUACAUAAAUACAGCGUCACCUAGUGAGGCCCAGCAGCUGCUUGCUACACCCCUACGUUUUGAACAUAAGUGGUUCUGCCCUAGCCAAUAACAUUGCAGCAUAAAGGUUAUGGUUAUAGGAAGCUGCUUUAGUGAGUUCAAAUCAGGGUUUCUAAGCAGUUGGAAGGACAACCUCUAGCCCCGCUGCCAAUGCUUCCCACGUUAUUAUAUGCUAUGGCAUUGCCAGCAAUGUGAUGAGGUCUGGACUUCGGUGUUUACACUGCAAGACAAAAUGUUUUAGCAUAAUUUUCAUCAAGUGUAAUUUUUCUUUGUAAAUGUAUUAUUUUAGGCCUUAGUGUUGCCUCUUCUCUAGAACCUUUUAUGGUUAUUCAGCCCUUCAUUGUCUGGGGCCUUAUAUUGCUUAGUUCCACAGAACAGUUUAUUUAAUACUGCAGUUGGCUUGGCUGCCCAGCCCAAACUCUGCUGUUUCUGGCCCUCCUACUGGCUUCUCCAGUACAUUUGUAUCCCUUUUAUUUACUGUCACGACCCUUCACAAUUCACAAGGUGCUACACAUCACUCUAAUUCCAUGAUUAGAGCAACCUGCCACUAUUGCAGCUUCCAAUAUGUUCUGACUGGAAGGAGGAUGCUGGAAGUUGCAGUUGAACCUUGUAUUUUUUUUUUUUAAGGUGAAUCUUUGACCUGUAAUUCAGGAAGAUCAUGAUGGCCUUGUGCAACAUGCAUUCCUUCAAAUGUUGCUGGACUAGGUUUCCCAGCACUCCCAUAAGCCAAAGGCUGAGAGUGUCCUGGAAGGUGUAGUUCAGCAUGGUUUUGGAGUGUCCAUCUCCGCUUUAAAAAAUAUUUGUCAUUUGUUUUUGGCACCAGCACACACACAGGGAUAACCUCCCACAUCUUGUCUUUUUGGUUUUUCCAUCUAUUUGUGAGUGACAUGUUCAUUUGGGCAGGAUUGUGGUCAUUAGAUUUCAAUGAUGAAGGAAUCUGCUGAAGGCAGCAGGCAUGCUGCACAGUGGAGUGUACAGUUAUAUUAUAUAAUACAGCGUAAUCAUUCUAAGGAAUGGUCUCUUAACUGACUGCUUGGGUGUCUCGGGUAAACCUUGGGUGCCCUUCAAACGCCCUCACCGAAUGUGCUUUUAGCACCUCUAUUCUCAUAAAAUGUAGCCUUUUUUAUUUUUAAAACUAAUUAUGGUUUUGAUGGACCAAAAUAUUGUUUUGUAUCUUGUAGCUGAAGACAAGUUUUAAUAAAAGCAACUUCUAAGUAUA